AUGGGGGCCAACACGUCAACCAUUUUCCGCCACGGCACCCCCGGGGGUGGCCAGCUGAUCAGCCCUAGGGAUGGUACGAAGUUUUCUACCCCCGUCGCCGCAGUUGCGUGGGCAAUUGUUGGGUUCAGCGGGUUGUGCGUAGUCGUUGCCGUUGGGGUCUACGUCUACAGGCGCAACAGACGCAACAGGCAGAGACGGGAGGACGUGGAGAUGCAGCCCCGGUGA